CUUGUAUGCCUUGUCCAUCGCCAAAAAACAAAUUGCAGAACUUUCACUCGGAACUAUCAUGGCCUCAGUCCACCAAUUCCGUCUGGUCUCUUCUCUCAGCUCCAUCUACUCCGAGCUCUAUCCAACAAAGCACCCCCUUAAUAGACCUCUCAAAUUCCAGACCCUACCAAUCUCAGCUUCUUUGAAAUCUUCAUCGCCCAAUUCAGAAGAAGAGCCUCCCCAAUCUGAAAAAAAUAAUGCUGUCAAGCUUGCAUUCGCCAAAGCCAAGGCCUACAAGAAGGACGUUAAAACCAGUCCCGUUCCAAAGAUCAUUCAAGCUCUGUUUCCAGAAUCUGAAGAAUUAGAAGACCGGGGCGGCGGGUUGAAAGAAGACGAUAAGCUUAGCGAGGAAAAGGAGAUGCCUUCUGCAGUGAAGCUUGCAUUCGCCAAAGCCAAGGCCUACAAGAAAGACGUUAAAACCAGUCCUGUUCCAAAGAUCAUUCAAGCUCCGGUUCCAGAAUCUGAAGAAUUAGAAAAUCGGGGCGGCGGGUUGAAAGAAGAUGAUAAGCUUAGCGAGGAAAAGGAGAUGCCUUCUGCAGUCAAGCUUGCAUUCGCCAAAGCCCGGGCCUACAAGAAAGACGUUAAAACCACUCCUGUUCCAAAGAUCAUUCAAGCUCCGGUUCCAGAAUCUGAAGAAUUAGAAAAUCGCGGGUUGAAAGAAAAUGAUAAGCUUAGCGCGGAAGAGGAGAUGCCUCCUGCAGUCAAACUUGCAUUCCAGAGAGCAAAUGAGUAUAAGAAGAACAAAGAAGAAGCUUUGGGAAAGUUUGCAGGUUCACAAGGCAGUGGAGUUAAUGAAAAGGGAAUAGUGAUGGAUAUUGGGAAUGGUUUACCCAAUAGGAAGGAAGGUAAGAAAGAAGAAGUGAGGGUUUCGAGCACUGAUUUUAUGGGGCUUAAUUUUUCUGAUAAAAAGGAAGGGAGGCGAGUGCCAGCCGGGCUGCUCCCGAUAUCGGACCCUUUCCCUGAUGGCAAUUUUCCGGAGGCAGAAAUACUAGUUGGGGAUGCUAGUAAGUUUGGAAAGGUAAGCAAGCCUGAACCUGCCCAGGAGGAUCGGAUGGAUGUCUACAAGCCGAAGGUCUCCACAUGGGGUGUUUUCCCCAGGCCUACCAACAUUUCCAAAACUUUUGGUGGUGGAAGGACUCUUAAGCCUGGUGAGGAACUUGAAACAGCGGAAGUGAAAGCAGCUAAAGAUGCACGAACAAGACAGCUCCUUGUUGCCUACAAGUCAAAAAUGGGCAUGAUCGUUGAUCCAAGACUUGAGUUUGAAUGCGAGAAGCACUGUUGUGCUUAGUCAUUAAGGGAUGGCGACAGGUUGAUGGAAGGUGGGAAGCUGAGAGAAGCAAUGCCAUUUUAUACAAAAGUAAUGGAUGACCUGCCAUUCCAGAAUGAACUUCAUGGACUUGCUGCUUUGCAGUGGUCCAUCUGUCAAGACUCACUGCUAAGGCCAAACGAAGCUCGAUACAUGUAUGAAAAACUUCAGUCGCACCCUAGUGUUCAAGUAAGCAAAAAAGCACGACAAUUUGCUUUCAGCUUUCAGGCAAUGGAAAUGAUGAAGCUUACCGGCUCGUCCACUUUUCGGGUGGGUACGGGCUAUCAAAGUUACUUCAAUGCUUUUGUAAAGGAAGAGACCGGCUACCCUCUUAAAGAAGCUGAAGUUGAUGAAGGUGUUGGACUCGGUGAAGCUCUCCCCUACAUCAUCUUUCUUAUUUCCCCUGUAUUUAUCGUGAUAUUCAUUGCUAUACGAAAGGGUAUUUGAGUAGCUGAUGUUGUCAUCCUUUUGAUUCAAACAUGGAUCACACACAACAGUGCAUGAAUACCCUCAACCCAAAUGGAACUCAAUUUCUAUAGUCCUACACAUAAGCUGGACAGAGCCAAGGAGGUAAAGGUGGUCAGCUGACCCCUCUGAGAAUUCGAGAAUGUAGAGCACUUAAGUACCUCUGAAAAGUCGAUUUGAUAUUAUUAUGAUUCUCUUAACUCAUUAUAAGUAAAAAAAUACGACCUAAAAA